UAUAUGUUUCCAGUGUGCGUUGAAGGAGAAUGAGAAAAACAGUACUUUUCUUCUGUUCGGCAAGGUGGGCUUAGCUUUUGAGGGCCUUCAAAGAACCUUCUUCAAGAUCCAAACUCCAAACACUCUUUGCCUCUUCUUCCUUACUUCUCUCUCUUUUGUCUCUAACAACAACAACAACAAUGGUCGUAGAAGAUAUGUUUUACUUCAACAAGGACAUUCUUGUUAUAAAGCAUCAGAAGAAAUCGCCAAUGUUGUUAAGGAUGUCAUUAUUGAUGUUUUCAAUGGUGUGUGGUGUUUUUAUAUGCUAUGUGUGUUUGAAGCAAACAAGCAUUCAUGCUAGGACUAUACUGCUUGAGUUACAACAGAUUGAGAAGCCUUCUAGGAGUAGAUUCAACCUUAUAGAUAUUUCUUACCUACAUUACCCUAAUCCCGUGACUUUUAACAGGAGUGAGUGUGCUCAAAAUCCUGUUCAAUUGUUUGCUAUAUUGACAAAUCAAAGAUCAGGAAGUGGAUGGUUUGAGACCCUUUUGAAUAGCCAUAUAAAUGUAAGCUCAAAUGGGGAGAUUUUUUCAGUUGCAGAAAGAAGAGUAAAUGUAUCUACAAUUGUACAGACUUUAGAUAAAAUUUAUAAUUUGGAUUGGUUCAAUAGUGCUUCAAAAAAUGAGUGCUCUGCUGCUAUUGGUUUGAAGUGGAUGCUUAAUCAGGGAUUAAUGGAGCACCCUAAAGAAAUAGUAGACUACUUCAACUGCAGAGGUGUUUCAGUCAUAUUUCUUUUCCGAAGAAACUUGUUACGCCGAAUGGUAUCAACGCUUGCCAAUUCCUAUGAUCGUUAUGCUAAGCUACUGAACGGCACUCACAAGUCUCAUGUUCAUUCUGCAGAAGAGGCUGAUACUCUUUCAAAGUACAAGCCUACCAUAAAUUCUAAGUCGUUGCUGGCUGACCUCAAAGAUAUGGAAAGAAGUGCUGCAACAGCUAUAGAACACUUCAACACCACACGGCAUAUGAUCUUGUACUAUGAGGAUCUUCUCAGAAAUCGGACGAAGCUAAAAGAGGUGCUAGAGUUUUUAGGAUUGCCAGUAAUAGAAUUAACGAGCCGUCAGGUUAAGAUACAUAAAGGACCAUUGUCAGAGCAUAUUAAUAACUGGAAUGAAGUCGCCAAGACACUCAAAGGAACUACUUAUGAGAGUUUUCUACAAGCUGACUAUUCAUCAUAACAUAACCUCUUCCAAUUUUCAUGAAAGGGGGUGUAAAUAUCAACAACACUGAUUUUAUCCUAUGAAAGAGUUUAAAGUUUUGGUGCCUGAAGGAACCUUUCUCCUUCUUCUAAUGCUUCUUUCCACAGCUAAUCAAUAUUCAUCAAUAAGAUGCUCGACUUUGGUUCGAAUGUAAGUUGCCAGUUUACAUUUUUUGUGCAUUCUUGAAUGACCUUUGUAUAUGUCAUCUAAUUUAUUUUUUUAUAGGCAAAUGUUAGUAAGAUAGUAGUGAUGUUAGGUUAUAAGUUUCGAACUUUUGACCUCCUACUUAAAAACUCCUCCAGUGUCUCUUGGCUAAACUAAUUCAUUAAUUAGUAAAGAUGAGCAUUGGUUUAAUUCAAAGAGAUUUAUUUACUGUGCUUUGGUGUUUUUUUCUCCUUUCUUUUAUCAUUUAUGUAAUUCAACUUUUUAGGUU